AUGGCAGCCGGUCGCCCGGAGGCACAGGACCACCCGCCCGAGAACGGCUUCACCCCAUUGGAUCACCCGCCACCCAGGCUGCUACCGCAUAUCGACGGCUCGGUUCUUCCGUCUCUCGGGGGGUUCGGGAGGCACCAGAAGCAGCUCGUAGUCCUGACCUGGAUACCGGCAUUGUUCAUCGGCUUUAGCCAGUUCUCGGAUUAUUUUCUCCUGGCACAGCCAAAUGGCACGUGUUUGCAACCUUUGGCGAACGACACCAAAUUGAACGUGGAAUCCUAUUCGGUACCUAGUACCGAAGAUGCAUCCGCGUUUCAACUCCAGUCCAACGGAACCGGGGAUGAAUACGGCGACGGCAGUGGAUUACUGUGCGCCUGCAAGGAGAGGACAUUGGAGCUCCACACGGGGCUUAGUCAGAAUGUGGUUACCAAGUGGAACUUGGUGUGUGAUUCAGCCUGGAAAGUCCAUAUUGCCAAAUUUUCUCUUCUUGUGGGUUCCAUAAUAGGCUACCUAGUGAUGGGUGUCAUGGCCGACUGGUUCGGUCGACACCCAGUGUUGAUUCUCUCUGUGCUCUUCAUGCUGGUGUUUGGUUUGAGUGUUGCCUUCUCUAUAAAUGUCACCAUGUUCAGCACCUUGCGUUUCUUUGAGGGUUUCUGCUUGGCGGGCCUCGCUCUCUCUCUCUACGUGCUCAGGGUUGAGCUUUGCUUGCCUGCCUGGCGUUUCUCCAUGACCAUGGUGGCCAGUUUCCUGAUGGUCGGAGGACAGCUACUGAUGCCCGGUGUGGCUGCUUUGUGCCGCAAUUGGCCACAUCGAGAUGACUGGCAGGUCCUGCAGAUCGUUAUAAUAAGCCCUUUCGUGUUGAUGUUGCCCUACGUCUGGAUUUUUCCUGAAUCAUUACGGUGGCUGUUGACCACCCAGCACUACAGACGCUCAAAAACUAUGAUGCUGCGCAUUGCAAGAAAGAACCAGAUUGAUUUGGCAAGCGAACCUAGCGGAGUUUUCACAGAGCUAGAACAGGAGCUGCACAAGAAACCGCACAGAACCUGCAUCGUGAAAAUGAUGAGCACAAGGAACCUGUGGAAAAACAUUGUGGUUCUGUGUGUCAACUCGCUGACAGGAUACGGGAUACACCACUGCUUCGCUCGCAGUAUGAUGGACCCCGAGGCCCAACCCACUGCUUUGUGCCACACAGACUACUACACCAUGGCCGGCAUCGCUGUGGCAACAUGCUUGGCACUGUGCCCCAUGGUCGGACUCAUGGGUCGACGAGGAGGGCUUCUUACCUUCAUGAUCAUCACGGCCCUUGCAUCACUAUUGCAGCUAGGCUUGCUCAAUUUGAUUGGAAAGUACAGUCUUCGUCAUGAUACAGUUCUGCGAGAUAGCCUAAAAAGGAAAUUCUCUGUGGCCUUCUCCAUCAUUGGCAUGUUCUCUUCUCAUGCUGUCAGCACUCUCAGCAUCUUCUUUUGUGCUGAAAUCACACCAACUGUUAUCAGGGGCGGGGGUCUAGGCCUGGUGUUGGCUAGCGCUGGCUUUGGGAUGCUCACUGCGCCCAUCAUGGAACUCCACAACCAGAAGGGCUACUUCCUGCAUCAUGUGAUCUUCGCAUGCUGCACGCUGCUGUGCAUCAUUUGCCUGCUACUGCUCCCCGAGCCGCGGGGUCAGCCACUGCCCGAGACCCUGGCCGACGGAGAGACGUUCACCAGGCAAACAUUGCUCCAUCCGGGCGAGCAGCACCUUCUUCUCGCCAAGAGCGACAGGGACUAUUCCCGCGUGCACGACACGCCCCUUCACAUGUCCGCCACGGGCGGCGCUACUGUUGCAGCAGCCACCGCUCUGGCAGCGGUACCUGCCUCAUACUCCUUGGCGACUGGUGGUGAGGUGAUUGGCAACCAUGCAAUGGCCAAUGGGGUUUGA